AGGUCGCGGCGGGGGAGGAGUGGAGGGGCGGUGCAUCCGGUGAUGGCGCGGCCGCCGAUCCUCUCCGUCGCGCUGCCGUCCGACACGGGGCGCGUGCUCAGCAUCCAGUCCCACACCGUCCAGGGAUAUGUUGGCAACAAAUCGGCUGUCUUCCCCUUGCAACUUCUCGGUUUUGAUGUGGACCCAAUAAAUUCUGUACAGUUCUCAAAUCAUACAGGGUACCCAAAAUUUAGAGGACAGGUUCUCAAUGGCGAUCAGCUGUGGGAUCUUAUAGAAGGACUGCAGGAAAAUGAUCUAUUGCACUAUACACAUUUGUUAACAGGUUAUAUUGGAUCUGUCUCCUUUUUAAAUACUGUGCUGCAAGUCGUCGAGAAAUUACGAUCUGUCAAUCCUGAUCUUAUAUAUGUAUGUGACCCGGUUAUGGGCGACGAAGGCAAACUAUAUGUUCCUCAGGAGCUAAUAUCUGUUUAUCAACAGAAGGUCGUCCCAGUUGCAUCAAUGCUUACACCAAACCAAUUUGAAGUUGAACUACUCACGGGAUUGAGAAUUACCUCCGAACAAGAUGGCUUGAAAGCUUGCAAUAUCCUCCACAGUGCUGGACCGCGGAAGGUGAUAAUAACUAGUGCGCUUAUUGAAGACAAGCUGCUCCUCAUUGGAAGUUACAAAAAAACAAAGGAACAACCACCGGAACAAUUUAAGAUUGAAAUACCCAAGAUACCUGCAUAUUUCACGGGCACGGGAGAUUUGACAACAGCCCUGCUGCUAGGAUGGAGCAAUAAAUUCCCCGAUAACCUCGAGAAGGCAGCAGAACUGGCAGUAUCCAGCCUACAGGCACUCCUAAGAAGAACCGUGGAAGACUAUAAAAGGGCAGGCUUUGACCCAUCAACCAGCAGCCUAGAGAUUCGGUUGAUUCAGAGCCAGGAUGAGAUCAAAAACCCGCAGGUUACAUGCAACGCCGUGAAGUAUAGCUAAUCCCAUAGUGACAAGCACCACAGCAAAGUCGAGACCAGCAACCUGUUAUAGUUGAAGGAUCUUCAGCAGUGCCUGCCCCGUCACAGGCGGAAGAUUCGAGAUGGUUCCUGGCUUCAGUUUUGGGAAAGCAAUUAUUAGCUCACACAGUUUCACACCCAUAUAAAGGAUCCAAAUUAACCUGUCUGAGGAAAAAAAGAAGGAACAGAUUAGGAAAAACAACAAUACCCCUUGGUGCUUGUUUUGCAAUUUAUUGUAAGCUCGUAAUGUUAUUUGUUAUGGCUGUGAGACACCGUUGUACAGAAGGUUAAGUCGCGUCCUGAAGCUUUGUUGUGUCAAUGUUAGAAUGAAUAAACAUCGGUCCUGUUGAUGUGUUAUGUUAUAGUCUUUUGAUAAUUAUAUGUAUUAUGCAAUUUCUAUU